CAUGUCCGACAGAAACGAGUAAAUCUGGAAAACGGGAAGCCCCAGAAAGAAACGGAUUGCCCUCCGGAGUUUCUUUCUUCUGCCAUAUCUUCGAUAAAGAAACCCUCAAACGAAACGCCGGGUUUCGGCUCCCGACACGACGGCGGCCCCUUCCCUUCUUCCCACCUCUCAGCUGUUGACCUCGAAAGUGCGAUGCCAUCAGAAUCGGAUAAGUGGGGGUGGAAGCAUGUGAGUGUGUUCGGUGGCUUCGAUAGAGGAAGCGGCACCAAGCGCUGGAAAUGCAAUCACUGUAACUUGCGAUACAAUGGCUCCUAUUCGCGCGUGAGGGCCCACCUUCUCGGCUUUGCCGGUGUCGGUGUCAAGAGCUGCCCUGCAAUCGACCGGUCUCUGAGGGAAGCGUUUCAAGUCCUGGAGGAGGAGCGGCUGUCUCGGAAGAAGAAGAAGAGAGGUUAUUCUGGGUGCGAGAAUCCUUCCAUGCGUGGUAAGAACUUGCAGAAUGGACAUGUUUCUGUUCAGAAGGGAGGAGGUAAAGAAGCCGUGGACGAUCUCGUGGCGAGAUUCUUCUAUGCUGAGGGGUUGAAUGUGAAUGCUAUCAAUUCACCCUACUUUCAGGAAAUGACGAAGGCCAUGGCAACUUUUGGCCCCACUUAUGAGCUCCCUUCAAUGGAUAUGCUCUCAGGUUCUUUGCUGAGCAAACAGAAGGAAAGAAUCGAGAAGUCCGUGGCUCUCAUUAGAGAGUCUUGGCCCCACACAGGCUGCUCAAUAUCAUGUGUGGGCCGACCAGAUGGGACGACAGGCUGCUUACAUGUUAAAAUAUUCGUUGGGGGUCCCAGAGGACUGGCAUUCAUGAAAUCGCUUGAUAUGAAUGAUGGGAUAAACUGUGGGGAUGAUAUGCAGAAUGAGCUUGCAGGCAUCCUGGGCAAUGUGAUUGUUGAAGUGGGGCCUGCAAAUGUGGUCCAGAUAAUCUCAAAUCUCAGCCGAGAGAGUAAAUUCGUGGAACCCCUUCAGUUGGUGAGGUUUCCCCAUAUAUUUUGGUCUCCUUGUACUUCGAGUUCCAUUCACAUUUUGAUGGAGGAAAUAGCGGAGCUUGACUGUCUAAAACAGAUCUUUCUGUACUCCAAGGAGAUCGAGCAGUGUUUAAUUGCUUAUCAGCGGCAUUCUUCAUGCAUGCUUACCCAACACAACCUAGAAGAGAACAAUCAUGAGUCACUUCCCAUUGGUUUCAUGGCCUCUUAUCGAAGCCUGCAGAGGAUUUUUGAGCUAAAGCAAGCUCUUCAGGAGGCAGUUCUUAGUGAAGAAUGGAAGAUGUGGAAAACAACCAUGACCCAGGAUAUUCUAAGUAUGGAAGCUGCUAUCCUCGGGGAUGAAUUUUGGACCAGAGCUCAAUCUCUCAUGCAGCUAUUUGAGCCCUUUCUAACUUUACUUUCCACUUUCAAUGUAGAAAAAUCAACUCUAGGGGAUGUUCACGAUUUUCGUGUUCGAGCACUAGAAUUUGUAAGGAGUACUGCAGGAAUCAACGGUAUUAUGUUGAGUCAACUGGAAGCAUUAAUAGAUAGAAGAUGGGAUGAGCUUUUCUCUCCACUCCAUGCUGCGGGAUAUAUUCUUAACCCAAGGUUCUUUGGGAGAGGCCAGAACAAGGACAGAAUCGUAAUGAGGGGUUGGAAGGCAAUGCUUGAGAAAUACGAGAGUGAGAGUACAGCAAGACGGGUUCUGAGAGAGGAGCUCAGUUUCUACUGGCGGUUCGAAGGCUCGUUUGGGGAAGAAGAUGCAAUAGACUGCAGGGACAAGAUGGACCCAGUUGCUUGGUGGGAGAACUUCGGGUUUGAGACACCUCACUUGCAGACAGUAGCCAUUAGAGUUCUGAGUCAGAAUUCAAGUAUUGGUGUGUCUCUCGAUAUCUGGGAAACAGGCAAUGUUCCACUUGCUGCAGAGAUAAUGGAGGACCUUGUUUUCGUACAAAAUGGCCUCAGGCUUCAGAAUGACAGAAUAGGGAUUCUGAGUGUCCCAUAUACUAAAGUGAAUGAUGUCAAUUCAAAUUCCCUGUCGAUUGAUAGGAAAUGGGAUAUUGCUCAUCUUGAUCAGACCAAGGCAAUUGUGAACGAUUAUCAGAGAGAGUGAGGAGAAUCCUGCGUACUGCUUUGCUUGGAUACUAUUCUAGGUUUCGCGGGUAGGAAUUCAAAACUCAAGAUUGAAGCUGUGUGGAGUAUAGGAAAUGUCAAGCACACAAAGGACCACCUCUUAGCCGCCGUCGGUGAUACAGAGCAGGUUCCCAGGAGAUGGAAGGAGCUCCUUUGCAAUUGGUACUUCCCGCAGUUGCUGCUGACAUUCGUUAUCGGUGACAUGCUUUUCCGUGGACAACAGAAGUAGCAGACCACUUAAAAGGGGACUGCAGCAGCUGCAGGAAACCGCAACAUACGGGGAUCAUAAACUGCACGAGACCUUGUGUAUCCGUAGAAUGCACCUGAUCAGUUUAAGACACCAUAAAACCAUUUGUCCUCCUCAUUGGGAUGUAUGGUUUCCAAGACUAACCUGAACGUCUAAGACACAAUAUUGUCGUACCCAAUGACAUUUCGAAUGUGUUUGGUAUUAGAGUUGAGUUGAGUUUUAGUUUUAAUUGAUUUGUAAUGAUUGUGUUGUUAAAUUAUGAGAAACAAUAUGAAAAAGUAAUGAAAGUUAAGAUAAA